CAGUUUGUCAGAACGAGUUGAUAAGAUGGAGAAUUCAAUAGGAAAUAUAGUCUCAAAAAUUGAUGCAGUGCUCAACAAGAUGGCAGCUAUGGACAGAGCAAAAGUGAAGAGAAGGGAGAACAUGAAUAAAAUACUUAACACCAUAUCAGAGAGUGAUGAUCUGGAUGAAAAGGCCAAAAGACAUCACAUGGAAAAAAUGGUAAGAGAAGAACUUCAGAGAUGGGACUCUGAUUCAUCUCUUCGCACACCAGCUAGUGGCAAUGGCAAUCCUUCCCCAAAGAAGAACAAGUAAUGAAAUACAAUGAACUCUUUAUCUAAAAGCACUUUUCUUUUCAUCAAACAAAGGAAAAAAUAGUUUAAUCUGAAUUCAUAAAAGCAUAUGAAUGUGUAUCACUGUGGCUAAAAUGGAAGUGGGGAAGGAAAAAAAAAAAAAAAGAGUUUCACUGUACUUAGAACUUCUGGAUUGAAGUAAGUAGAAGAGAAAAAGAAUGAAACUGAAAUUAUAUUAAAAUAAAUCAAACAAAAAGCAUU